GUCAUUUCUUGUUCGAGUAUGGCAUCGAGCGAGUCACCUCUAGUCUCGCCGUUGCAGACAGCAGACGCAACCAUGAUUGCUGUAUACAAGAUCUGGCCAACGCAGCGGACCUGGUUUGGGUGUGGAGGGCGUUGCGUUUGUGGCCCUAGGCCUUGGGCACCAGUGUGGACCAGUAUCCCUAUCGUCCUCGGGUUUGGCUUGUAUGUUGCACUACCUGCGAUAGACAUAUGGCGAAGGCUUUCUCCGUGGGUCACUUUAAUGACGAUUUUCCUUUUCUUGAUGACUAUGGGCAGCCUUUUACUCACAGCUUAUACAGACCCGGGAAUUCUGCCCAGGCGUGCCUUGCUUGAUGCUAUGGAAGAGAUAGGAUCUCCCGAGGCACUGUGCAAUGGGGAUCUGGAGGCGGAGCAGGAUCGGGACAGUGGGCGAUUUCGAUACUGCGGCACGUGCCAACUGUACCGUGAUAUGACUACAACGUCGCACUGCAGAGUGUGUGACAAUUGCGUCUCUGGCUUCGAUCAUCAUUGCAUAUUCCUCAAUAACUGCAUCGGUUGUCGGAACUACCCCUUCUUCAUGGUGUUUGUCGCAUCAGUCACUAUAUUAGCCGCAAUGGUGAUGACACAGUUCAUUAUCUGGGCUAACAUCAUUGAUGAGAGCGGCUCUUAUAGGAUGGGAAUAAAGAUCGAGAUGGAGCCGGGGCUCGCCAUUCUUGCUCGAGUGCUGGCUGUGCUGGGUCUGAUAUGCUUGGUAACUUUAGCGCUUUUCUUUGGGUUCCAUAUGUGCCUCCUUCUGACGGGCAAGACGACGAAGCAAGUUCUGCGGCCGAACAAGCGGUUCCCGUCCCGACGGACUCCGUGGUGUGAAAGUCUGUUCACGCGUCAUGCUCCCUUCUUCAACCCCCGGUUGAGAGUGCCGAGAUCAGCUGCCAUUCAAAUUGUCUGAAUUCAGCACCUAUUCGCAGAUAAGUGUUCUCGCGCAGAUUUUCU